AUGUCGGAGCGCUACUCAGAGAGACUGGUGCUCAUUGGUUCGGGCGUUUUCUGUUCGUUAGGCGCCCUUGUGGCCGCCUUCGCCCCGAACAUGGAGAUGGUUGUAUUCGCAACAGGCUUCAUCAUGGGAAUUGGUGUGUCGUCCUUUUUUGCGCCCGUACAGAUCGCCAUUGGGAAAUACUUCGACAAACGAAAAUCUAUAGCAAUUUCUCUGAGUUUUGUUGGCAUGUGUUUUGCACAAAUUGUCAUGGCGCCCGUGAAUAUACUUUUUCUAGAAACUUACGCCCUUAGAGGAACAUUAAUGCUAUACGCUGGGUUUAUGUUGCAUAUCAUCGUGGCAGGUGCGCUUGUUCAACCAAUCAAAGCAUCCAACAGAAGUCACCUGGACCAGAAACCGGAACUUCAGGGGAGAAAUGCGCUGUCCGUGCUAGAGCUGGCAUCGGUCCAAGAUUUGUACGCCAGUCGCGAAUUCAUCAAAACUAUGAACACAAACGCAUCAAAAGUUCAAUCUAGACCUUUAGCCAAGAGGACAGAUAACGAAUUCCUCCGUAGCGAUGAAGAGACUGCACCAGUGAAAUCCGAUGGUGAAGGGGUAGACCUUUCGGCAACUAGCAAAGGCCAUAUCCUCAAACAGACCAAAGAUCUCAAGAAAGCCGCAGCCGAUGUGUACGCAUUUUGUGUUCAAUGAAACACGUUCUAGACUUCUCGCUCUUAAAAAUUCCAACAUUUACUAUGUACGCAUUCGCCCAGUGUUUGUCUAUCGUAGCUUUCAACAAUGUUCCAGUGUAUCUGUUUCCCAGGGCGGAGGAUUACGGCUUGACGGCGAACGAAUCCGCACUACUUUUAACCAUUACGGGAU